GCCGCGAGCCGAGCCAGUACCUACCAGGCAGUGGCUACGCGAGUUACCCUCUAUACACACGUCACUGGCGCUCGCUCUCUCGCGCGCCUUCUCACGCUUAUACCCGGACACGCACGUAUACAUACAGAGGCAGGGCCCCGCCGCGCAUUCAUUAUGUCACGGCGAAGAUAGAGCCAGAGCGGGGUGAGCCUCCGAGAGAGAGAGAGAGAGAGAGAGAGAGAGAUUAUCGCGAACCGGGCGCCACAUCGACGCGCAGGACCAAGCGUUCGUGUCGCGCUCUGUGUGUAAUACUGCACUGCGCGCUGGUGAACGUUCGCUGCGCUCUGACAGUGUGCGGCUGCAGUUGCAAUGUGGUGUUGUCGUGUGCAAGUGUGUGCGAGAGCGGUGUUGUAAACAUUCGAUGCCGAGCGAAUAAUGCCGCGACCAUCCGUGCAGCAUCAGGGCUUCGUCGAGGAUGAAGAGUGUAGAGCUCGUUAUUUUGCAGGUGCGAUACGCGCCGAGUGAAAAAGUGAGCGGGAGACAAGCGUAGAUAAGGUUUAACUCUUUUCGUCCGCGAUACACUGGGCUGAGAUUCGAGAAUGUCUCGCCGCAAGGAGGAAAUCAGCUGAGAGAAGAGAGCUUGCGUCCGUCAGCUAUAUCGAUCGGCCGAGCGAGUACUAGAAGCACCUAUGGGAGUGGAACGGUGCAGAGAGAAGCCUGCUAACGCCGAGGGCGAACGGAUAAUGGGGAUCAAUUCGAAGAAUCAAGCUGCUUAAUUGAAGCUCAGUCCAGAAGACUGCCUAAAACAAGUGCAGGACUCACUGCGCUUUGGAUGGAGUAAUGAGCUCGGCCCCUGUACGGGGCAUAGUGCCCCAACGUCAACGGCGCCACCAUCACCACCAUCACCAUCAUCACGAGAAGCAUCAGCGACGUCAUUCGAGCCAGCAGGAGUGUCCGGUGAACAAUAACAAAUUACCGGCUCAGAGGACGGAGAAGAGCGUCGACUCGACCGAGGAGAAGCGUCCCAAGGUGAACCCGAUAUUCCUCUGGGCUGCUCAGCGCGAGCAGCGGAUAGUUGAGGUUAGGUGCGAGGACUACGACAAGCGCAACCGCAUCAAACUGACCAAGACUCCGCAGGGAUGGCGUUCGAUUCCUCGUACAGCGUUGACUGCCUACUCCACUACCGAAUCCGUCACCGAAGACGAAGGCGAGCAGCAGGAGAAUCUGUCGACGACUACCAAGAAUGAGGAAAAAGAGAACAGUUCGAGAGAGCGAGUCGAGAUAAAGCCGGCAGGAGCCGAGGAGGACACUCGGGUUAAUGAUGCGAGUCAGCUUCAUGGCAAAGCGGAUGAAAGCGAAGAGGACAGAGAGCGACACAAGCGCAAGAGAAAGAAGCACGGCGAGCUUCACGGGAAAAACAAGCGGAGGAAAACUGAUUCGGAGCCGGAGCUGCCAGAGCCUGCCUCGAGUAGCGAAGCGUUAGUAAGUACCAGUUGGAAGAUGAAGAAACGAAGGAAGUUCGACAAGAACAAGAAGAGGAAGAGGCUCUGCCUCGAGGAGGACGUCAUCGGGAAGAACGGCAAGCUGGACGACGCGAGCGAGGUGAAAAUCAAGCAGGAGUCCAAGAGGGAAGUCGAAGGCAUAGCCGAGACGAUCGAUACGACGGAGAAUGCGUCCGAGUUCAAAAUGGAGAUCAGGAAGGCCGACAAGAGUAGCGACGAGCAGCAGAAAAAGUGCGACAAUUUGGAAAAGCUGCAGAACAAUCGAUGCCUCCAGCCCCGAGUGGUAUUGGAACAAUUGCACUUGUCACAACUGCCGACGAGAGUCCACCGAAGGCUCGCCAACAGAGCCGAGCAGACAAAUAACGCCGAGCAGAACGAGGGGAGAAAUAACGCGGACGAAAUGGUAGAGGACAACGUGGAAAAUAGCAGUCACGUCAAUAAUGAGAGCCGAAUCAGUCCGCCAGACAACGAGGAGGCCGACGUUGUCGACAAGGAAGAUCUGCAGGAGAUACUGAACAUGCUGGACUCCAGUCAUUUCCCCAUCAGCGUCAACGAGACCAAGUCCAGCCUGAUCGGAGGUAAGGACUUGCCCAGGAGUUGUACCAAACUCGGCGUCGCCAUACUCAGCAACAAUCAAAGCGACGAGAUCGCUAUGAACGAUUCGCCGAUGAAGGAGUGCGCCAAACGCGAGAACGAAAUGACGGCGUCCGAGAAGAGGAGCAAGUUCGGCGAGAGACUGAACGUGAAGCAUCGCGUUGGAAGCAAGAGUCUGGACGAGACGAUCGAACGAUUGGAGAGGUCGAUAAACUGGCAGAAGAAACUCGGCAGUCUGCCCAACAUCUCGUCGAUGGAGGAAGACGACGCGGCCAAGCAAAAGGCCAGCACGCUCGAAUCCGAAAUCAACGACAAGAAGUACAGUCGUCAGAACGCGCUUCACAAUCCGGCAGGUAUCGUACGCCAGGAGGCGUACGAAGAACAAAAAACCAACAAGGACAUGAUAGAGAGCACGAAGAUACUGGACGCUUUGAGAAACACCCCUGGCCUCUCCAUAUCUCUCGCGACGAACGGCAGAAAGCACAACGCGCUGAUCGACGCCACCACGAAUCUGUCGAAGAUAAUGUCCUGCAGUCGAUCUCCCGACUCUCAAGCCGAAGUCGCCGAGAAAGUGGGCAAGACCUUGCCUGGCUUAUCCAUCGCGGUUCCCGUUCACCCGCUCCGACCGAAGACCGCGUCGCCGGCUCUGAAAAAUCGAGUCGAGUCGCCCGAGAGCACCGUUGACUUUUCCAAACAGGAGCAGUGCCCGUGUGAAACUAACGAGGAGGACGGGGAUUGCCAUUCUCAGGCUGUGGAAGAGACGAAGAGUCAAAGUAUCUUCAAGAGACACACGAGUAAGUGCAGCCGCCAAGCUCACGGAGAUUAUCAAACUUACUACGACGACGGUAAGGACUACUCGAUGCAUCCCUCGAAAAUACCGAAUCUCAAACCGAUCGUACCAGUCGUCUGCAGAAACAGCGAGGCUCAAGCCAAAUACUCCAACUUGCCGAGAUAUCAAGAAUCGGAAGACUACGACGAGCACAUGCUGGAAGAUUUCAACUCGCAAGUUUCACCACAACCCAGUGGCAUUCCUUACUCGAUGUCCUCGUUGAGACGAUCCUCGUCCGCGUAUCUGGAGCGACUUCUUCCAAGCCCACCUUGUUCCGUGAGCUGUUCCGAAGACGCGAAGAACGAUUUGACGCUGAAGAGCAUACUCUCGACGUCGAGCAAUAUCGAUUCGCGAAAUCUGGACAGCAGAAGGGAUCAGCCGAUGGACCUGAACACGCACUGCGACUCGGAGAUAAGCCCGUCUUACGAUCACACGGACGAGAGAUUCUCAAAGGAUCCAAAGUUCGAUUGCUCGCAUCUGCAGCAGAAGGCAAAUUACUUGGAGAUGAGAAACCGUCGGAGGCCGAUGUCGAGCGGCGACGUGCACAGUCCGUUCGCAGCCGACUACGUCUCGCCCAAACGACCCAUGUCAGCCGAGUGGACUACCAACCAACAGAGGAUGCAAAGCGUUAACGGCUGCUACCCGAACAAUAUCCGUUAUGCUAAUCAAAAAGAAUUCGUCAGCCAGGCCAAAGUUCAGGAAGUUUACAGCGUGCCGCCAACGAUUUUCCUCGACCCGGCCAGCCAGUUACGCGAACUAAUUAAAACCUCGGGGCAUCUGAUACCGGAUCCUCUGCUGGUGCCCCGGGACUAUCUUCCGCUGCUUGCCGGCGCGCCUCUCACGGAAAUCCCGAAACUUCUGGCGACGAGGCCGGAACUGCGAUUACCCGAGGCUCUGACGAGACCCGAACUGCUGAGGGAUCCGGAUCUGCUCGUCAUUUCCCUGGCGCAUCUGCAGCACGUGCUCGAUCACGGCGAGGGACCGGUCAACCAGACUCACAAUCCGAUCCCACCGAUGCCCAGUCCUUCGAGCAACGAGGGAAAGAGCGUCGAGCAAGCGGCCGCCGUUGUGGAGAAGAACGAGGAACAGCGACCUAAGCUCAGCUGCAAACCUAUCGGGAAGUUGAUGCCUGCGCCGAUGGAUCUUUCGAGCAACCACAAAGUUAACACGCAUCCGCCGCUGCUGAGGGUACGCAGUGGACUGCUCAAGCAGGAACCAGAAGUGUCGUCCACUGCGAGCUCCCCGGACGACUCGCACCUGUGGCACCCGCUGUUCGGAAGUCAAAAGCAGCGCCAGCAGCCCCACGAGCAGCACUCCCAACAGCAGCAGCCGCAGCAGCAGACCUCCUGGCACAGGACGACCCUGGCUUCCUGACCAUCGUGAUCUUGACUCUGACCCCGACGGCGUUCCUGCCGUCAGUCCGUCAGCCAAGAAGCCUCGUCGUCGCCGAAGCGCUGCGCCAAAAGCGCCGCAUCCCCGAAGAAGCUCACUACCAAGAAGACCUCUUCGUCGGCUUCGAACUUGCGCCGGAGUCCGCGCAAGCUCCCCAAGGCCAGUGACGUCCGGAAGACCGUCGAGAUCGAGAGCUGAAUUGUCUGUCGCAGAUGCAGGGAAUGUAGUCGUGGGUGUCUAGGGUCAAGGCUGCUAUAAUAAUGUGCAUGAAAAACUUCGAGAUUUUCGACUGAUUCGCGAGCGGGAGAUCCGGACGGCUGUACUCGCAAGCACGAUAAUCAAAAGGAAAUACCUAUAUAGUAGUAUAGUCGAUCUGGUAAAAAAAAGUCCUUCACGUGCAUUCCUUAUUCGCGCGCUGUAGAUACACUAUAAUUAUAUCAUAUUGCGUAUAUAGGAAAAAAGUAGAGUCGGAAGAAUUCAGCGAUCUGCGCUGCGUCGCCCCUUCGUGCGUGUACGCACGGAUUUACACACAGACGUCGGAAAGUUCGGAGCCAUAUAUCGGAAAAUCGUCACGACGUGGAAACAAAGUUUCUCGCUCGAGCGUAAUCCAAGGCGAGAGACGCCCAAGCGGCAGUCCUCUCGGGGGGUAAGGACAGCGCCGUCUUGUAUCGCGGCGUAUAUAUUAUACAGUCGCGGGGGCUGAGGCCGCGAAUACAUAUAUACAUUUGUGUAUGUGUGUGUGUGUGUGUGUGUGUAUAUACAGAUAUACACGUAUGCACGACUUGGGGGAGCUGCGCCUACACUCGCGCUUCGUCGGACUUGUAGCGUUUUUUUCCUCUUCUUCUCUUGAGUCGGCCUUUCUUUUCAUCGAGAGAGCUGCCGCGUCUUUUUUUCGCGAGACUCUCUGUUGUUGUUCUUCGAGGAUUUUUGCUGUAUACUCUCGUUUCUUUUUCUUACGCGCGAUUCCGCGAGCGGCGAAAAGAGACGAUGGGAUGGUAUUAUGUCGCGGUAUGAGAAUAUGAUUGUUUUGAGUUGUCCUUCCCUGCGGGAAGAAUAUAUAUAUAUAUAGAUGCGCUGUUUCUUGGAGAAAUGUUACGUGUAAGCGAGUAUUAUGUAUUGUAAAUUAAUUCGUGUGUAUUGUUAUGUAUACCGAUGUAACGUAGAUGUGUGACUGUAUACUCGAUCGUUGGAUUGUGUAGGUGUAUCUUACGAUGUUUACUUCGUAGCGUUCGCGACUAUUAUGCUGUUUCGUUUUUUCCUCGAUGGUUAUUGGAUCUUUUAUUUUUUUAUGCCGAGUAAAGUUGUUACGUUUUUUGAAAUUUCACGAGAUUGGUUAUAUUCGAGGCGUACAGUGUAAGGCCCAUCGUUAUUAUUCAUUGGUGAUGUGUACGGAUUGACGGAAAUCGUAAAAACACGUUUGAUUUACUCUAGAGUAUCGAUAUUUUUGUAUUUUUAUUCAUUCGAUAUUUCGCAGCAAAAAUUAACAAAUUCAUCAUUAAUCGAAUUUACACUUCUGGACUAAAUUAGACGAGUUUUUACCGGAGAAAAAUAAACACUCGCAAGACAAACGAAGAGGGUUUCCCUUCAAACGGCUCUCUCAUUAACAAAACAUCAGCCGUUCACGUGUGUGUACAGAGAGAGAGAGAGAUUCUCACGUGUUCUCUCGAGAGCUGCGAGCAAAGCGAAGGGAAAAGCAGCUAGUACAGUAUACGUAUAGAGGAAGUGAAAAAAGCCCACGUUUUCGAAUCCAUGCACGCCUCCCUUAUCAUGUUUGCCCGAUUAUUUUUUGGUUCGCUCCGGCGUUAUAUGCAGCAUACGAUUAACGAAGCGAUACAUAUGUUGUAUGUAUGUAUGUAUGUGUAGUGGGACGCGCGAAUGCGAUAAGGCGCCGAAACGCGCCGCGUUGUGUAAUAAUACUCGGCUCAGCUCGAACGAAGCUGUACAAGUAAUAAUAACGGCAGACGAUUUUUCUUUAUACUUAAGUAGAAAACAAAGUGAAGUUACGAAAUGCGUAUUACACGCGCAGAGGUAUUCAGCUUCGAAAUGCGAUUAGCGGCGAACGUCGAAACGAGGUUGAAGAGUAUAUAGUCAGCGGAUAAUGUGCGAAAGAGGAUGUUGUACUCGAAGGACGAGAAAAAGAGGAGUAGAGAAAAAAGGAAAUAAUUCACGACACAUAGGUGCUAUUUGCUGUAGUUUAAAACGAGUGAGGAACGCGAGCGUGAAAAAUUAACGAGAUGUGCGGCGAGAGAGAUUAAUUGAAAAAGCGAAGAGAGAGUAUAGGGGGCUGAAUAAAAUAUGAAAAUUUAAAAAGCGAUAUGCGCUGACGAGCCUGUGGUUAUCAGCGGGGUGAGAGAAAAAAAGGGAAAACGAUUAUUCGCUCGCGAGAAAGAGAGGAAAAUUCGCAGGUGUCACGGAUGAGAGUGAGAGAGAAAGAGAGGGAAAGUGAUAACAAAUAGGUUAAUAAUGAAAGGAUCGGAGGAGGGUAGCGCAUGAUGUACAAAAAAUAAGCCUUGCGAAGUGACGGAUGGAAAGUGAAAGAGGGAACUCUUGAAUGCGCGUAUAAAUCAGAGGGAAACACUCCGCCGCCUACGAUUGUACUUCGCUCUUUUCAUACAUAUUUUAUUCGGGCUUUAUGUAGCUCGCGAAUGUUGACGCGAACAAAUGAUUCUUUUAUGAAUUGAUUUCUAUUAUUUUUUUUUUUUUUGCCAACUUCUUCAAAUUCGCAUCCUAUAAAACUCGCUCGCUUUCCAUUAGUCUCUCCGCCAAAGCAAACGAUAAAUAAAUUUCGAGAAGAAGCUACGUUGGCAGAGCUCUCGACGAGGGCGCGACUGUUGCGCCAGACGCCGGUGAAAAAUCACGAGGGAAAUUAUAUGUACAGAUACACACACUGGCUAGCUAGGGAAAAUGUUUUUUCUAUUACACGCGUGUCAGACAAAUAAUGCGGACGAGCGGAAAGGCAAUAUUAAAAACGAAAGCUCGUCGUACACGCGCUCGUAUGAUGUGGUCGGUUGCGGGGGCGAGUUCUCGCCGCGGCGCACAUGGACUGGAAGGAAAAAGGGGUGGCGCGUAGACUUGCAAAUGAGAUGAAUACGCAUAUUUUUCCUAGGUGUAUACUCGCCUCGCUGUGCUGUGCGUCAUCAUAAGGAAAAAGAGCUCUCUCGUAUUAUACGUUCCGUUUGUAGCCACGCGCGACUUUGAGGUCGAGAUACACAAGACUUUUAUGUAUGCCAAGAAAAAAAGAGCGACACGACGACGAGGAACGGAAAGUGAAUUUCGGAUGAAGACGUGCUAUCGAUGUUAUACGAGAGACGUGGCCACUGAAGCUUCGGUUUAUUGUUUGCGAUAUGACUUUUUUCGACAUUAUUAUCACGCAUUGUUGGUCAAUUUGUAAAGUAUUUUUAGCACUGCGCGCGCGUAUGGAAUUUUCGAUAGUUUUUAUCAUUGAAAAUUUACGUACGUUUCAUUGUCUGUAAGAUACUGUCUCUGUAUUAUAUUUUGAAGAUGUUCGAAAGUAGCCGCAUUAUACAGGAGAGAACGGAAAAGCUUUUUUUCUUUUAAUCGAAGAAUUAAGAGGGAGAUGUAUAAAAUAUACAAAUAUAUGAUUUUAUUACAUAAAAGAUUACGAUAUUAAUUGAAAUUUUUUUAUAAAAGUUUAAACGUAUAUACAACCACAUAACAACAAGCCAUGCAGUUAUAUACUGAUAUCUUCUCACAACCUCACUGUAUAGUACUUUUAUAAUAAAGUAUCUAAGAGAUACAUAAAAAUGUGUAAAAAAUAGGCAAUUAAUUAAUUAACGUAGGAAUAAUAAUACUGAAGUAAUUUUUAGUGCUCAUAUUUUUAAUGUUUCCUAAAAGGAUUACCUUGAAUUGACUUAGGUCAGCUGCUUAAUGCAGCUUUUGAGAACAGCUUGCAGAAUUUGAUGUUUAUAAGCUGUAAUUUAAGUAAGAAAAUGAAGUAUGAUAUUAGAGAGAAAAUCAAAUGUACAGAAUAAACUAUGAUUGUGAAAAAGGAAACGAAGCUGAUUGGGACCUCUUGGGUCGGUAUUUACAAAAUGCGUCAAUAAAUGAUUUUUCUAGCGCAAAAGUGCAUACAAAUUUGUUUGCAAGCUAAUGAAAAAUGAUUAUUGAUGCAAUUCGUAUUUGAUAAAAAAAAUAUGGAAACCGCAAAAAUAUGCAUGAUUAUCAUUUAUACAUAUUCCACUAUAUUUUUCUUUGUCAAACCAAGAAUAACGUAAAGUCAUUUAAUUCCAACGAAUAUAACUAAACAAUUUAUACAUAAUAUGUAACAAUUAAUCAUCUUAUAAGAAAUAUUGGUUUUUUACUAGUUUAUAUUUUUAUAGAAAUUCAAGGCGCUUUCAAACAAUACAAAUAAUCUAUAUAAUGAUAUACAAUUUAACUCGUCUACUAUGAACAAAAUGUAGUAUUAUUAUACUUUGCGGUCUCGAUACUUUUUUUUAAGUUAUUAUUAAACCGUCAGGAAGUGAGUUGUAUAAAUUUGAACUAGUUUAUUUAUUUAUAUAGAACUGACUCGCCGUAUGUGAUUAUGAUGCGAUUACAAAUGUGCAAUGGAAAUGAAUUGGUGUGAAAGAAAGGCUUGCGGCAUAGGCGAUAUGAAGAAAAGUGAAAAAUAAAAAAAUAAUUUAGAUCAAACUUGACUGUUUAGCCUUUAGAUUCUAUUAGGUUACUAAAAAUUAAAACAAUAUUUUGUUGAUAUCUAUGAUAUUAUUAAUUAAUAAAAUAAUGGGCAAUCUGUAAAUAUAACAGACCAAUUUAAUGAA